AUGUUUGGUCUUCACUCACUUUCUACGCUGGCAGAACGAGCUUUGGGCACUUGCUGGUACCCUGGAGGAUCACAGCCCAUGCAGAUUAGGAGACGACUAAUGAUGGCAGCGUUCCUGGGAGCAUCUGCAGUGACUGCGAGUACUGGUCCCUUGUGGAAGAGGGCCCAUGCAGAAUCUCAACCAUCAGUGACCAACCAAAAGACUGAAGGGAAGAGUAAUGGGGAAGGAGAAUUCAUCACCCAUGAACAAAAGGCUGCAGAUACUAGUCCUGAGCCUUAUUCAGAAGAGAAGAAGAAGAAACGUUCUGGAUUCAGAGACAGAAAGGUGAUGGAGUAUGAGAAUAGGAUUCGAGCCUACUCUACACCAGACAAAAUCUUCCGGUAUUUCACCACCUUGAAAGUAAUCAGAGAGCCUGGUGAAUCUGAAGUGUUUAUGACUCCACAAGAUUUUGUGCGAUCUAUAACGCCCAAUGAGAAACAGCCAGAACACUUGGGCCUGGAUCAAUAUAUAAAAAAAUGCUUUGAUGGAAAGAAAAUUUCCCAGGAACGAGAAAAACUUGCUGACGAAGGCAGUGUAUUUUACACGCUUGGGGAAUGUGGACUCAUAUCCUUUUCAGACUACAUUUUUCUUACCACUGUUCUUUCUGCUCCUCAGAGAAACUACGGAAUCGCCUUCAAGAUGUUUGACUUAAAUGGAGAUGGAGAAGCAGACAUGGAGGAGUUUGAACAGGUUCAGAGCAUCAUCCGCUCCCAAACCAGCAUGGGUGUGAGGCACAGAGAUCGUCCGACCCCUGGGAGCACUCUCAAGACAGGCUUGUGUUCAGCCCUCACAACCUACUUCUUUGGCACUGAUCUCAAGAGGAAGCUGACAAUCAAAAACUUCCUUGAAUUUCAACGUAAACUUCCGCAUGAUGUUGUAAAGCUAGAGUUUGAAUGCCAUGACCCUGUGGACGGGAGAAUUGCUGAGAGGCAGUUCGGUGGCAUGCUGUUGGCCUGCAGUGGAGUGCAGUCCAAGAAAUUGACCGCCAUGCAGAAACAACUCAAGAGGCACUUCAAAGAAGGAAAGGGUUUAACAUUUCAGGAGGUGGAGAACUUCUUUACUUUCCUAAAGAAUAUUAAUGAUGUGGACACUGCCUUGAGCUUUUACCAUAUGGCUGGGGCAUCUCUUGGUAAAGUGACCAUGCGGCAGGUGGCCAGGACAGUGGCCAAGGUGGAGCUCUCCGACCACGUAUGCAACGUGGUGUUUGCACUCUUUGACUGCGAUGGCAACGGGGAGCUGAGCAACAAGGAAUUUGUCUCCAUCAUGAAGCAGCGACUGAUGCGAGGCCUGGAAAAGCCCAAAGACUUGGGCUUCACCCACCUCGUGCAGGCUAUGUGGAAAUGUGCACAGGAGGCCCCCUGGGACUUCGCUGUGCCCACCCAGUGA